AUGUCCUGGCUCUGGAAGGGCGACGCAAACUCCCCGGCCUCCUUCGAAAAAGCCCUUUCGAAACUCUCCGCUCAGAUCACCUCUGCAAACCUCGCUCUUGACACCAGUCGAAGUCGCGGCCGCCGCAUCAAAGCCCUAUGGACACUCUACACCACUUUGACCUACCUACUUUACACCCUUGUCAUUGUGCUUGUUCUCGGCCCUCAAAAUUGGUCGCCUUACCACUACGCAGGCCUCACCGGGACACCAGUUAUCAUCUUUGCUGUACGAAAACUGCUGUCGACCUUCUUCGACUGGAGAAUCAAUCGGCAACAAGCACACCUAAACCGGUUGCAAAAACAGAGGGAACAGAAGAUCACGGAGCUGAAAAAGGCCACCAAAUACGAUAGCACGCAAGAACUACUGCAGAAGUACGGUGGUGCUCCGCCAGCGAAGACUCCGUCCAGACAACCACAAGGUGGUAAACGAAAGGCCAAUAUCUCAGAGAAGCCACCUCCUCAAAGGACUGGGAUUGCUCCUCCACCUACUGCAAAUAUUCCAGGUCGGAAUUUCACGUCCCCUCCGCCAACGAGCCCGCCCAACAAUGGCAGUCCUCUGUCUCCGGGUCAUGGACGAUCGCCCCUUAUGGCUCCCAUGCUCGCACAGAGCCCCACGGAUCUCGCACCGGACCUCCCAGGAUUCGCUCCAAAUGCAUUUCCGCAAGCGCCACCCCCUAGUACGGCGUACGAACACAGUCCACAUUGGUAUGACCGCAUCCUUGAUGUCCUACUCGGCGAGGACGAAACAGCUGCCAAAAAUAGGCUUGUCUUGUUAUGCUCCAAGUGUCGCUUAGUCAACGGUCAAGCUCCUCCUGGGGUCAAGUCACCGGAAGAGCUGGGACGAUGGAGGUGUAGUGGGUGUGGUGCUUGGAAUGGGGUAGAAAGUGAAGGCGCAAAAGUGGUCAAAGAAAUCGCUGCCGCUUCGAAAGAGGACCACGGAGAAGCUUGGGAACAUGUUCCGCAUUCUCCCGCUAGCCUUGAAGAAACCAGCGAAGAUAUUCAGGAGGAAGAAGUGGCCGAUUCUGGCAUGGAGGGCACGACUGGCCGAGCAAAUGAGGACGACAGUGGUAUGACACAACGACUUACCCGCAGCGCAGGGAAGGAGGCAUCCUUUGACUCGCUGGAAUAG